CAGGAGAGGAAGAUCAAGAAGAUGGAGUGUGAACAGAAGCCGUCGCGACUUCGUGCCAAGAGGACUGCAGCGCGCCUGCACCACCUCCAGGAAAGGAGCGUCAAAGUGGAACAGAAACCGCACAUUCCGGGAGAAAACAAGCCUCAGUUGCAGAAGCCGCCAGCUCGAGCCAGUGCCGCUCUGAAGCGUCGCAAGGCUGCGCCUCCCUUGUCGGACUCGGCCGAGGUGACGCAGCUGAAACGCAAGGUGGACGAGCUGCAGAAAUGCAUCGCGCAGCUGCGGGAGACGACACAGGUCGGCACGGCGCGGCCAGGACACCCGGCAGCCACCAGACCACACCGGCUGCUGCAGGGCAAGAUGAGUGGCCUGCCGACAUUGAGGGAGGGCGAGCGCUACGACUCGCUGGAGGACCCCGUCACCGCCGUCACCGAGCAGGCUCGGACGUCUCUGACAUCAAGCCGUCGGACCUGGCCGAGCUGA